AUGACGGCCAUUAAUAAUGGCAAAUGGAAAAUGUUUUCAAAAUAUGCAAAAUUAUUCGAAAAUAAAUAUCCUGAAGUUGAGGUGAAGCUAAUGGUUUUGUCAAGAAGACUGAUAGUGAGUUACCGGCAAGGCUGUCUUAGAACAGCACGUCUUUUGCUUAUUGAUUACCAUCAACUUUUACCGAAAGCAAACGAACUUUUGAUCUUCGAGGUGAUUUAUUUGUAUUUGAAAGCAGCGUUAAAGCGUGUGACAGGGGACUGCCAGGCUGCUGGGGAAAUUUUGAAAGAUGCUUUGUUAAAGACGGACCAAUUAUCACCCGGGAUUGUUACAGCAGCGACAUUAUCAUUUGCAGCAAUGAAUCAAGACUCUGCACUAAAUGAGGACGGUCCAUCGCCUGCCGAUCUUUCUAUAAAGGUACUUGAACACUUAAG